AUGCAAGAGAUCAUUGCUGGGCUAGAGCAGUUCACCUUCACCUUCGAGAAGGAUGUAGAGAUGCAAAAGGGCACUGGACUCCUGCCUUUCCAGGGCAUGGACAAGUCGGGCUCAGCUGUGUGCAACUUUUUCGCUAAAGGGCUCUGUGAGAAAGGGAAGCUCUGUCCUCUCCGGCACAACCGAGGGGAGAAGAUGGUGGUGUGUAAGCACUGGCUGCGGGGACUGUGUAAGAAGGGCGACCAGUGCAAUUUCUUGCACCAGUACGAUGUCACCAGGAUGCCCGAGUGCUACUUCUACUCCAAGUUCGGUGAUUGCAACAACAAGGAAUGUCCCUUUCUCCACGUGAAGCCAGCUUUCAAGACCCGGGACUGUCCUUGGUAUGACCAAGGUUUCUGCAAGGAUGGUCCCCUGUGCAAACACCGCCAUGUCCGUAAGAUAAUGUGCGCUAACUACUUCGUGGGCUUCUGCCCCGAGGGACCCAGGUGCCAAUUUGCACAGUAA